AACAAAUAGUCCCCAGCUGUUCUCUCAAGUGACAUAUAUAUAUAAUAAUAAGUAACUCCAAUAAAUAUAACAAACUUAGUUUGUUUUAUACAAUAAUUUAAUGGUUUAGUUAAAUUGUCAGUUCGAAAAAAUUAGUGUUAGAAUGAUCAGUGAAAUGGAAGGCGAAGAUCUGACAGAUUCGGAGCAAGUUAGAGCUACACUGGAAACUUACAAAAAACUGGCCAAUGAUUUUUCAAAUCAUGAUACUAUUUUAAAGGACAAAACAGUGCUCUCGUAUCUGGCUUAUGUCCUAGAAUCUCCAGACGUAGAAGUAGUGGAAACAGCUCUGGAUAUCUUGGAAGUAUUUACCAAAAACGUUGAAAACUACGUUCACUUGACGUCGACAUUUGGGAUCCGUGAAGCCCUCGAGUCUGUAAUAAAUAAAUAUUGCAUUGAUGACCCACAUAUAGCCAAGUACGGGCAAAAAGUAAAAGAUGACAUUGAGCGGAUGAAGCCACCGAUUUAUAAUUUAAGAAGCCGUUGCAGGCGUGUUAUUGAACCAAAGAAAUUAAAGACACAUGUUAUUGUCCUGCAUGUCAGUGGACUUUUGCCAGAAACUAGAACAGACCUAGAAGCGACUCUAGUUAGGGUUGAAGGUCUCAUAUCGUUAGUUGUUGAUGUUGACCAUCAGCGCGUUACCAUGAGAACUCUAGCCAAUGUCUCAGCAAAGUGUAUUGCUGAAGCUAUUAGAGAUAAUACGAAAAAUAUGGAGGCUAGAUUAGUUACCAGGAAUAAAUUUAAUCAAGAAUUUCUCGUUAAAUUGUUAUCUGUUGAUAAUGGCGACUGCGAAGACUUACCAGAAUACUUACCUGAGGAAGAAGAAGAAGAAGAAAACCAAAAAGACGGAAUUGUUUCGUUGUUUUCUGGAUUGAAACAAAGCGCUUCUACGAUAUACAAAUCAACAACUGAAUUUUUGCACAGUUCUUUUUACUGGUGAAUCUCUCUUUGUCUCAAGUUAGAUUAAUUACUCUUAGGAUCGUUAAUAAUUAAUUAAUUAAUUAAUAAGUAAAUAAUUUUUAUUUAUUUAUUAAUUAGUUCAUUAAAAUAGGACCAUUUUUCCUCAAGCUCAUUUUCAUUCUCAUUUCAUGUAUAUAUUAAUAAAGUCUCUAUUCUUUCCAAAAUUAAAAAA